AUGCUGCCCGAGGGCAAAGAAGGCACGAAGGACGACGGCAGAGCCGCGUUCGAGAAGAGCGCCGAGAAGUUGAUCGACAUCGUUUCGAAUGGAUCGGGCGGGGGGUUGCGGAACGAGCCGAACCGACGAAGCCUGUGAGCACAGCGGCCUAGCGCAGGACGCAGGCAGGGCGCCGAAGGGCGCCGAGCUGCGCUGA